AUGGCGGAGGCGCGGAGCGGCGCAGGUGCAUUGAAUUUCCAUCCUGAUGCUGCUGAUUCCAUUCCAGGAGAAAGACAACCCACAGAUAUAAACUGGGUAAAUAAAGAUAGGAAAGACUCUAACAGUAAUCAGAAUAGAAGUAAUUUACCAUUUCCUAGUCUAUCUUCUGAAAGAGGUACAGAUUAUGAAAACUCUUCCACAAAGCAGCAUGGCUUUUGUAAUCCAGAAAGUCAGUAUGGGAAUUCUGAAGACUUCCACCAAUAUUUUGGUACCAGUAAAAGUUUGAAGAAUCGCAACUUGCAAAGCCAGAGAUGGCACAGAUCAAGAAACGAUAGCACAUGUACUAGAAGUAAGAUAAGGCAAAGUACUGCUGAUGCUGCUGCAGGUCCAGGAAUUUCGGAUGCUGCAAUAGUACCUGGGAGAAGAGCACCUCCUAGAGGAUACAAUGACUUCCUCUCCUCAGAGAGUGACAGGGAGGUACCUAAUGCAGAUAGCAGAGGAGCAAAGCCAAAGAAAACACAUCUGAUGCAUGCAUCUGGAAGAGGCUUCAGGGAGAAGGGAAAGCAAGUACAUGACCGGGAAAAGAGAAUGAGCUCUAAACAGAAAGUAGAGCUGUUUGAAAAUGUUCCAUCUUUGGAUUUGACUCAGUCUGACUCUUCAGAAUCAUCUGUUGGAAAGGCAUACUGUGAUGCACCUGUUGGUAGUGGGGAUGAGCAGAAAGGCUACGAUUAUGUAAACAAAAGAUAUCCUCGGAAGCCUGUGUGGAAUAAACCCCCGGUAGAAAAGGAGUGUCAGAAAAGACAUGAUUCUCACCGUAGUAAAAAUACAAAAGUAGGUAAGAAGCCUUCUCUUGCAUAUACUCCAAAAGAUAAAAAUGAGAGGAAGAAAGAGCUCUCUGUUCACAAAAACGAUGAAAACUUCACCAGUGAAAUCAGGCAUCAAUUGUCUGAUUCUGUCAGAUGUAAUGGAAGAAAGUUCCUGCUAAAGGGGGAUCAAGCACCUGCACUUCAUUUCAGCUGGACCCAGUACUGGAAAAAGCAAAGUGAUGUACCAAAAAACAAAGAAACUCAUACCGGGUCGUUGAUUGAACAGCUGACCACAGAGAAGUAUGAGUGCAUGGUAUGCUGUGAGGUGGUCCGAAUAGUAGCCCCAGUGUGGAGCUGUCAGAAUUGUUACCAUGUAUUCCACCUCAAUUGCAUUAAGAAGUGGGCACGAUCACCAGCUUCACAAGCUGAAGAUGGUAAUAGUGGUUGGAGGUGUCCAGCUUGUCAGAAUGCUUCUACGCAAGUUCCUAAAACUUACACUUGUUUCUGUGGUAAGGUGCACAAUCCUGAAUGGAAUAGAAAUGAAAUCCCACAUAGCUGUGGGGAACUUUGUGGAAAGAAGAGACAGUGUUUGGACUGUCCACAUCUUUGUAACAUCCUGUGCCAUCCAGGACCUUGCCCUUCAUGCCCAGCCUUUGUGACAAAAACAUGCGAAUGUGGACAAACAAGUCAUUCAGUUCGCUGUGGCCAAUCGACAAAAAUUCAUUGUUCUAAUGUAUGUGGAAAUACUUUAAACUGUGGUAAGCACAGCUGUACUCAAGUGUGCCAUGCAGGAAAAUGUUCACCUUGCCAAUUAACAGUACAGCAAGUGUGUUACUGUGGAAGCAACUUUAAAGAAGUAUUGUGUGGGACAAAGGAAGAAUUCUCUGAUGGAUUUGGGAAUUUCUCAUGUCAGAAUAUAUGUGGCAAAAAAUUAAAUUGUGGGAGACACAACUGUAUGCAAGUAUGCCAUCCUCAGCCUUGCCAGCUCUGUCCACGACUGCCACAAGUAGUGUAUCGCUGUCCCUGUGGUCAGACUCCUCUCAGCAAGUUACUGGAACUAGGAUGUGUUGAACGUAAAAUAUGCACAGACCCUAUCCCGUCGUGUGGAAAAACAUGUGGCAAACCUCUUUCUUGUGGUAGCUAUGAAUUCAUUCAUACAUGUGAAAGCCUUUGCCAUGAAGGAGACUGUAGACCGUGUUCUCACACAUCAAAUAUUUAUUGUAGGUGUGGCUUCAAAAAAAAGGAAGUCCCAUGUGCUCUCCUCAGAAAUAAAGCUGCUAUUACAUUCAUGUGUGACAAGCGAUGCAACAAGAAAAGAUCAUGUGGACGACACAAGUGUAAUGAAGUUUGCUGUGUGGACACAGAACAUAAGUGUUCUUUGGUUUGUGGUCGUAAACUCAACUGUGGGCUUCAUAGAUGUGAAGAACCCUGUCAUCGGGGCAGUUGUCAAACAUGCUGGCAAACAAGUUUUGACGAGUUAACUUGUUAUUGUGGUGAAUCCGUGAUUUACCCCCCUGUCCCCUGUGGCACUCAACCACCGGAGUGUAAGAAAACAUGCACCAGGCCACAUGACUGUGAUCAUCCAGUGUACCAUUCAUGUCAUAGUGAGGAGAAAUGUCCACCCUGUACCUAUCUCACUCAGAAAUGGUGUAUGGGCAAGCAUGAACUGCGGAGUAAUAUUCCUUGUCAUCUCACUGACAUUUCCUGCGGACUUCGCUGCAAUCAAAUGUUAAAAUGUGGAAUGCACAAAUGUAAAAGAAUCUGUCAUAAAGGAGAAUGUCUUAUAGAUGAAGAGUGUAAACAGCCAUGUAUUAUUCCAAGGCUAUAUUGUAAUCAUCCCUGUAUGGCUCCAUGUCAUCCUUCUUCACCCUGCCCGACAACAUCCUGCUGUGCAAAGGUUGAUCUUCAAUGUGAAUGUGGAAGAAGAAAGGAGAGUAUGAUUUGCUCAGAAGCAUCUAAUACAUAUCAAAGAAUAGCUGCUAUAUCUAUAGCCACUAAGUUAACAGAUCUACAGCUUGGGGAUUCAGUGGAAAUUAGUAGGCUUAUUACGAAAAAAGAAAUGAAGCAGGCCAGGUUGCAAUGUGAUGAAGAAUGCUUAGCUCUCCAGAGGAACAGGCGUCUUGCUGAGGCUCUUGAAAUAGAUGAUAAUUCUGAUCCUUUUAACAUCCGUUCUUCUGGACCAAAGUACAGUGACCUUUUAAAAGAAGAUGCAAGGAAGGAUUUAAAAUUUGUCAGUGACAUUGAGAAGGAAAUGAGAAUGCUUGUGGAAGCUGUGAAUAAGGGCAAGCAUACAAAGAAGAGCCAUUGUUACCCGCCAAUGAACAGAGAUCACCGCAGAAUCAUCCAUGAAUUAGCUCAGGUUUAUGGCAUUGAAAGUGUGAGCUAUGACAACGAACCAAAGCGUAAUGUUGUUAUCACUGCAGUGAAAGGGAAAUCCAUUUGUCCAAGCAAUACCUUAACUUCUGUGCUAGAUAAAGAAAUGCAGAGCAGGCCUCCACCUCCUAUUCCUCAUUACAAACAAACAGAUAAGAGCAGUGGAAACAGUGGUUUAUCCAAACCAUUAAAAGAAGAGCCAGUAAUUGACUACUUUGAUGUCCAGGACUGAAGUGAUUGAUGUAGAAUUAUGAUACAGAAGCUUAGAGGUGAAGAUACUAAGUUAUUGUGUGAGGCACUUUUUGGUUAUCUGUCAAAUGAUCAGUUGUUCAGCAUAUUCAUGGUUUAACAUCUAAAGUUAGAUUGAUUGUGAUACUUUAAAAAGUUAUGCAUUUUUACAGUUUACGUAACUGCAAAAUACCUAACAGUAGUAUAGCUUUUUAAAUCUGGGUUUGGUGCAAUUUUUUAUCUAAUGUGCUGUCAGAAUGAUGUAGAUUUCCACUGAUGCCUUUAAAGUGAGAGAACUGGUAAUCAAAUAUAUUUUUGAGGGUAGUAAGAACUCAAAAGAUUUAUUUUGACGUAUCUCAUACAACUUAAAAUGGACCAGAAAUAAUCUGUGUUAAAAACACUGAUGGGAAUAUUGCUAGUGUUUUCAUAUUUUAUUAAUUCACUUUUGUGUUAAUGUGGUAAAUUUGGGAAUUUGAGUUACUCUUCUACAUGGAAGGAAAUAUAAAAUUUAGUCUAAGUAUGAAUAUAUACACUAAAUGCCCAUUAAGAGCACAGACUCCUUUUGGUAUCUGAAGAACCAGGAUUUGGGGAAGGUGGGGAAUUAAGACUUGUUUUGCCUUAUCUCAAAUUUGAUGUGUAAAAAACCAAAACAAACAUACAAACAAAACAAAACAAAAAACCCAACAACAACAAAAAACCAACCAAAAAAGACCCCACCCCAAAAAAAACAACACAAGAAAAUUAUCAAUACUUUGUUAUUCAAGACCUUGAACAAAAUCAGACUUUAUAUAUUAUUUUGGUGUUCUAUUUGGUUUAAUUUGUAUUUAGAUAUGUUAGCUUGAUGGUCUUCUGGGGUUUUUUUUGCAUGGUUUUAUUGGGGGUUUAUAAUCUUUUUCUGUACUGUGCAAGCUUCAGGUGAAUGUGUGAAGUUUGGUUUAAGUAUGUUAUGAAUUUGGAACAAUAUUUGUAAAAUUUAUAAGACCAUCUGUCUAAACUGUUUGGCAAUGGAAGAUCUUUGUUUUAUGGGAGAUGCCAUAAACAAAAUGGAAUGAUGAUUUAAACAGUGAAAGACACCAAAGUGGUCUCAUAGAUGGUGAAUUGUUUCCAGAUGAUGAGUUAAGGUAGGUGAGUAGCUCUCUGGGAGAGGAGAUCGUAGGUCUGAUCAGAAGAGCUGGCACAGCUCUGAAUUUGAGUAAUAUCCGUUCACUUGAGAAGAAGGUUUUUUGAAAUAAUAGCUUUAGUAACUCUGACACUGAUGCACUCUGUUUCUUGUUCCUUGUGGCUGGCUACAUGUAGCACUAGAGGUGAGUCCCCUGUACAGCAUCAGAGGCUGUUGCUAAAAGGGGCUUAGCAUAAUGAAGAAACAGAUCUAGCAGAAGACUUGUUGAUGAUUUAUUUUUCAACGAGCUCACUACGGUGUAGUGUGAGAUUUGAUGCCAAGAAAAUAGAAGGCAGUUAUCCAUGCUUAGGUUCACUUAUAGUUGUCACACAACCCUGAGCCUUAUCUGUGAAGCAUUCUGUGGCUACAUUUCAUCUUGAACAGCUUGUGAAACAUGGAAGAAUGAGCAGCAAACUCACAGACCAUAUCUGUCCCCCAAAAUGUUUUGAAAAUAAAAAUGCAUGCUGUUAUUGCCUAUGUCUGUAGGAGCUUAUUAUUUCACAUAAAAAUCUGCAGUCUUAAAUGUUUCUAAACAUUUGAAAUGCAUAUGCUUCAGGUAGAACAGUUACCAGGAGGAUUCUCAGCCCUCAAGAGUGUGUAGGCUUUUAAUUUGCAUGUAGUGGUUUAAAUUGGUUUUACCUUUUUUGUCUAAUAUUUUGUGAACAGAAAUGAAAAAUAAAUUAACAUAGCUUAUAUUGCCCUUAAUUUCUUAAGCAAAUUAAUGUUUGAUUCUACAAGGUGUACUGCUUUGCUAAGCUCAGCUGAAGAAAUAAGUUGCUCGGCAUCUUUCCAGGAAUGUAUUCAAUCCCUUCAUUGUGAGGCGUGUAUCUAUUCCAGUGCUUGCAGACAAGUGCCAGCUCAAUGUGGCCAGACAAAGGCUAAUUCUGGUUUUGAAACUCAGAGCUAUGUUAAUAUAGCUCUGUUUUCAAGCUAGUAACACCUGCUAGGGAGAAUGUACAUAGUUAUACCGCAAAGGUAGGUUCUGGACAGGAGCUGGCACACACGUCUGGUGAGCUGAGAGUAUAAAGUUAGAUGCACAUACACUGGAGCACACGCAGUUGGUAUACCAUAGGUAGACCUAACCUUACAGAAAACCAAAGUGAUUUAGUUGAUAAUAAAUGGAAUAAAGCUGAAGCCUAUUAACUUUUCACACAGUUUCACAUGAAUAUAGCUAAAACUUCACAUUUGCACCUCUGAUUUGAAAUUUAAAACUUAAAAGGUUUUAGUAGCAUUAUAUUUAGGUCUACUCUUUGGAAUUUUUAUCAGAUUAUGGCUUUAACAUAAAAAUGUGAACCUUGGUGAGAUGCACUUCAGCAGUCAAGUAUUCUGCCACUGCUUUUAAUAUGAAAACCCAGGUAAUCUUCAGCUUCUCAAGAUGAGACUAAUAAUUAUUACUGAAUCUGUUCAUACUGAAAAGUCAUAAUUCUCAUCACUAAACCUCAACUACAUGAAUGUUAAAACAUUUUUAUAGAUCUGUAUGUUACACAUCUCUAAAUCAUGGCUGUUGGAAUAUAUCUGAAGUUAUGAAGUAAGUCAUAUGUACAGAAACAUUUAUUUUGAAAUGCAUUUUAAUAACUUCGUUAAAAACACGAUACCGUACAUUUACCCAGGAAAGUAAUACCAAAAAGAAAGUAUUGAUGUCUUUCUUCCCAGAACACAGUUACAUAGCCUUAAGAAGGAACUGAGCAAAGUUUAACAGUGGUGCUCUCCUCUCUGUUCUGGUUUGCUUUUGCUGCAAUGUAUCUGUGACUUUCAUAUGGAAUAGUACUAAAGACUGUAGUUUUGAUAUCUGUGAUAACUCAUCUUCAUAUUGCACGUGUGCCUCAUGGAAAUAUUUUUCAAAUAGCUAUUUUGUAAAUCUGAGCUGGCCUUUACACCUUUUAUCUAAUAGAAGAAUGAGUGGAUAAAAGAAAUCUUUGCAUCAGUGAAGUCAGUAGCAAAAAUCCUAUUGACAUCACUGGAACCAAGACUUAAGCUUUGAUAUGCUAGUCAUUUUCCACAGCCCUAAGAAUAAUAUUGUUUCUUGUAAAUUUAGUUGAAAAAAGUACUCUGCAAUAAGCAUCUUUUGAAAUAAAUUAUGUGAUGUCAGUUGGAAUUCAUGCAACUUCAUGAAGUGCUUUUAAAAUUGUGUAUAAACUAGGCAGAUACUUUAGCAUUUGGGCUGUGCUAUUACCAGUCUAUAUUGUUUAACAUGUUUAAAGUGCUCUGAAUAUUCAGUGCUUGGGUUUAACCUAAAGUUGUGUAAGAUGCGUAAGUAGACUUCAAUACCACUGUUUCUGUGGCAGUUUUGUACAGUAUCUGCCGCAUAAUGAAAUGAGCAAAGUAAAAUUGUUCUAAAACACUUAUUCUUAAGUUAUUUGUUGAAAGUUUUAUAUUUUACUUGAUUUUUUCAAGUUACUGGUAUAAAAUUACUUUCUUUAUAAACCUGAAAUAAACCUAAGUUGAAAGUUCAGUGCUUUGGAAUUGUUCGCAAGCUUUUUUUUGAUAUUCCAAAGUUGGAAGACUGAAAUAUCACAGAGGAACAAUAAAGAUUUAAAUGGAAGUUUGGGGAGUCCUUUUCCUCAAAUUUUGAAAUAUGAGGUGUGAUUUCCUGGAUUUGAAGUGAUUUUAAAUGAAUGCUGUAAGGGGAAUGAAGCAAGUAAAGACUCCCCAGGAAAUGGAGAGUAAGGAUUACCCGCUUGCUACCUUCUUGGGAUUCAGAAGUACAGGAGAGAUAAUUUUCUGAAUAGAAAUGUACAUUUUGGUUAUCUGAAAAAUCCUUUACUAUGUCAGCCUAAAUGCUACUUGGCAAUAAAAUGUA